AUGGAUAGAGAGAAAGCUGCUCUUUAAAUAGUGCUUGGAAAACUCUAUGCAAAUCUGACAGUUCUAUGGGAAAACAAAAGUUUAUAUCCUGUGAGCUCUGAAAGGAAAUUUUUCUUUUCCUCCACUUCUAACUCUGUUCCUCAGAUAUGUAACACUUUAUCCUUGUACCCUUCAGUGGUGCUCAAACAAAAACAAAUGGAAAGUCCCUGUCAUGGUGGACAACACUGUGUUAUCUGACCUCAUGGACCCUUUUGUUGUUGACACUGAGCAGCACAGGAAAGGCUGUUUCAGAAAGGUUGCUUUCUCCCUUGCCCUUUCCUUCUGUAGGUGAGUCCAUCUCAUGCUAAGUUCGCAGAUAUAUUGAUCAGAUCUGUGGUCUUCAUAGUCCUGAUGACUGGACCUCUCCAUGUUUCAUUCCAUUUGAUGUGCUUGGAAGACCCAGUCUAGAGAUGGAAAACAUUGUCUGGUCUUCCUUUGCAUUGGUGACUCCAGAAACUUCCUGGGGCUUUCUCAAUCUCUUUCUGCCUGGUCAGGUCCCUAAGCCAUUUUUGCCACACUUCAUGGGUGUGUAUGACAAGCAAGUGAGUUGGAUCUUCUGAGAUUGUCACUCAGCAGAAAAUGAAGUCAAUAGAAACAUCCUGUCUUUGAUCUCCUGUCCUACAUGGGUACAGAUCCUAUUCUUUCAGUCUCUUUGUGUGGGUUCUGUUGGCAGAACAUGGAAUUCAUUCUCAAGAUACCACAAAAUCUGAUGCCCAUGCAUUGUAUUUUCUCUUUUCCAUUGCUGUAUUUUUCUCUUUUCCAUUGCAUCUCUUUUCCACUCUGAAUGUAGGGAGCCUUGGCUCUACCUGAUUUUGACUCUUCUUAAUUUGUAUGAUUUUGUUUCAGAAACUGGCUUUCAACAUACGCAUACACAACAUACACACUUCCAUUUCCUGUGGAAGUCUGGAUCUGUGCUCAGAUCUCUCUCCUGAAUUUGUAAUACAAAAUGUGGCACCAAAAGGGAAGACCAGUGCAGGAGAAGAAGGCCUUGCACUUCACAGGAGAAUGCAUACUGGAGAAAAAUCUUACAAAUGUAAUGAGUGUGGCAGGUCUUUUGGUAGAAAUGUAGACCUUGAAUGUCACAAGAGAACGCAUACUGGAGAUAAACCUUACAAAUGUAAUGAGUGUGGCAGGGCCUUUGGUAGAAACGUAGACCUUGAACGUCACAGGAGAACACAUACUGGAGAAAAACCUUACAAAUGUAAUGAGUGUGGCAAGGCCUUUGCUCAAAAUUCAAAACUUGUUAGCCAUCAAAGUAUUCACGGUAUAGAGAUACCUUACAAGUGUUAUGAGUGUGGCAAAACCUUUAGUGUACAUUCAAGACUAACUGUCCAUCAGGCAACCCAUACUGGAGAGAACUCUAACAAAUGUAAUGAGUGUGGCAAGGCCUUUACUCAAAAUGUAGACCUUGUAGUUCACAGGAGAACACAUACUGGAGAAAAACCUUACAAAUGUAAUGAGUGUGGCAAGGCCUUUACUCGAAAUGCAGACCUUGUAGUUCACAGGAGAACACAUACUGGAGAAAAACCUUACAAAUGUAAUGAAUGUGGCAAGGCCUUCGCUGCAUAUUCACAGCUUGUAUGUCAUAAGAGAAGGCAUACUGGAGAAAAACCUUACAAAUGUUACGAAUGUGGGAAGGUUUUCACGUGUAAUGGCUCCCUUGUCAUCCAUGGAAGAAUUCAUACUGGUGAGAAACCUUACAAGUGUUAUGAAUGUGGGAAAGCCUUUAGGGCUCGUACAAUCCUAACUAACCAUCAGGUAAUCCAUAGUGGAGGAGAACCUAACAAAUGUAGUGAGUGUGGCAAGAUCUUCUCUCGAAAUAAAUACCUUGCACGUCACAGGAGAAGGCAUACUGGAGAAACACUUUACAGAUGUAAUGAGUGUGGCAGGACCUUCAGUGGAAGUUGGCACCUUGUUAGGCAUAAAAGUAUUCACAAUGGAGAGAAACCGUACAAGUGUUAUGAGUGUGGCAAAGCCUUUCGUCUUCAUUCAAACCUAACUACCCAUCAGAUGAUCCAUACUGGAGAGAAACCUUACAGAUGUAAUGAGUGUGGCAAGGCCUUCAUUCGAAGUGGACACCUUAGAUGUCACAAGAGAACGCAUACUGGGGAAAAACCUUUGAAAUGUAAUGAGUGUGGCAAGGCCUUCACUCAAAAUGGGCACCUUGUUAAGCAUCAAAGUAUUCACAGUAGAGAAAAACCUUACAAGUGUUAAGAGUGUGGCAAAGCCUUUAGUGUACAUUCAAGACUAUCCAUCAGGCAAUCCAUACUGGAGAGAAACCUUACAAAUGUAAUGAGUGUGGCAAGGCCUUCAGUCAGAAAUCAGCCCUUAAAGUCCAUCAGGUAAUCCAUACUGGAGAGAAACCUUACAAAUGUGAUGAGUGUAACAAGGCUUUCAGACGGAAAUCAGCCCUUAAAAUCCAUCAGAUAAUGGAUAUUUGAGAUAAACCUUACAAAUGUAAUGAAUGAGGCAAGGCCUUCACUCAAAAUUCACAGCUUGUAAAUCAAAGUAUUCAUAGUGGAGAGACACCUUACAAAUGUAAUGAGGGUGGGAAAGCCUUUAGACUGCGUUCAUUGCUCAUUGUGCAUCAGACAGUCGAUACUGUUGGGAAAUAGAGUUGAGAGACAUGGAAAGUUUCAGGAGUUGAGCAAGGCUUUGCCUUGAAGUAAUCUGUUGGUGAAUUAGUUCACAAACAGAAGCUGCUUAGCAUUAAGGGGUAAUUCCACUGAUCAGGGGAAACUGCAAGGUGGUGCUUGCAGCUUGUACAAGGCAGAGCUUGGUGUGGGGCUAAAGGUUAAGAAAUGUGAUCAAGGGAUGUCAACAAAACAAACAACCUGCCACUGGAACUAUCAUAAACUUGAAGGCUGUUGCUGCUUCACUCCUGACCAUAUGUCUCGUUAUUUAGAGAAAUGGAUUAGAUAACUAUGCAGGCUCAGUGUUACUGUUUUAUGUGUUACUGCUUAAUUAACAAUUUAACUUGUAUACAGAGCCUUGUCUAUUCUAAACUUAGGGCUUAAAAUGUUUAUCUUGGGAAAAUGUUGUAACCAAUUAUUCUUUUAUCUC